ACCAAGACAACCAAACACCUUAACCUACGGUUACCCUUCACUGUGAGAUACCGAUUCCUGCAACUAUCUGACUUCGCGUCAAAGUCGUCUGCAUUAUCUACUCUAUCCUCAAAUCUUCGGCUCCAUUGAUACAUACUAAUUAAUCGUAUCGGUGCAAUUCUCGAAUCCAUCCUACUCGCAGGGCUCACACGCGCGUCGCUAUCGCCCUGGGUCGUAACAAUUUACAGAAACAAAGAAGAAGCGAACCUCAUAAUCAUGGCUGGAGAAAACGAUGACAGCAAAUGCUAUGCGAGUAUGCCGUACAGGAAAAUGAUCAGAAAAGGUGUUAUCCACGAAUGGGAGGACAGCAUCGAUGAACUGGAAGCAGAACUUAUGCCGGGACAAGGAACAUAUAAACUUGAAAGGUUAAAGAAAAGAACAUAUAAAAACGGAGAAGUUAAAUGGACGGAAGGAAGAGCUAUUUUAAUAACAUUUGAGGGGGAUUCACUCCCAACUAAGAUGUUGAUCGGCUACGGGCAUGUUUGGUUAAGAGUAGAACCUUUCGUAGAGUCGGUGAAACAGUGCUAUAAGUGUUACACGUUUGAACACUCCCAACAAAUGUGCAGAAACAAAGUCUCUAACUGUAGAAGAUGUGGAGAGGAAAGACAUGGUGAAUGCAACAAACAACCACACUGUACGAACUGCGCUGGAGCACACCCAAGUAUGUCAAAAGAGUGCCCGAUAUUUCAAAAAGAGGCGAAUAUUAAAAAAGUAAUGGCCUAUCGCAACUGGCCAUACAACACAGUGAAAACAUAUAUCGAAGCCAAAUCUCAUAAUGAAAACAUGGAAACGACAAGAAGAGAAUCAAAGCAAGGAAGAUGGGAAUUUCCACCAUUACAGUCUAGGCCAAAAAUUGAAUAUUGGGAGGAUAAAGAAGUACCAAGACUAACAUUUAAAGUAAAUAAAUGGAACGAAUCACAGGAAAAGGGAAAAAGACAGGAGAAACCAAGAAAUCAAGGAUAUAUUGAUUUAGGAAAUGAGGAACAGGAACUAAUGAACAGGAACAAGGAUAUAGUGGAUAGGAAAAAAAAAAGAAAAAGAGAAAAACAGGAAAUCAACACUUGGAUUAUUAUGAGUAUAAGGCUCCAUAUAUUAAUAAGUAUGGCCCCCUUUUACAACAUGAAUUAGAUAAAGUUCCAGAAGAGGAGGUGGUAUGCGAAUGUGGGAGCCUAUACCACGAGGAGAAGGAUAUUAAGAAACAAUCAUACAUUGAAAGAAACAACAGUAGGAAAAUAAUUCAACAAUUAAAAGAAAGGAAUGAGGAAGAGCUGUUAAAUGACCUAGUCAGUUUAAUAUGGGAAAAGAACCUACAGAACAAAGUGGAAACGAUUUUUAGUAAAACUAAAUACAGGGCUAAAUGAAGACCACCGCCAGAAGAUGAAAGAUGGGAUAUAAGAAAUCAGGAGAACUUCGAAACCUAUGUUUUUGAGGAGGAGAGAUCCAAAAUCAGAAAAAGGAAUGAUGCACGAAAGCUCCAAAAGGAAGGCUUGGAAUAUUUGGAAGCGGUCAGGACCUCCAAACCCCAAAUAAAAAGCGAUCUAUUAUAUAAAAAUAAACAGAACUGCCCCCCACCGGAAGAAAGUAGUCCCUCUACAUCAAGAGGACAAUUUUUAAGAGAGCUAGCUCUCAAAGUAAGAGAAGAGAGAGCUAGAAUAGAAGAGGAAAGCAAAAAAGAGAAGGCAAGAAAGAAUUGAUUGAACGU